GUUAACGAUGGCAGUUGCACCCUAGCGAUUCUAAGGGUAGUAUCGGUUGUUGAGGACUGACUAAAAAAACACGCGGUCCUUCACGAUAUCAGUAAUAACACUCGGGUUUGUUCAAUUGACUAAUUCAAGUCAAUUACCCAUGUUGUAUUUUCGACAUGUUACAGUGACGUACGAACAAAUGACGAGGAAAAAAGUUAUUUUACGCCUCCAAGGGGAUAACAAAAAAAUGUAUAAUUAGAAUACAUGAAGAAUAUUUGAUGUAUGACAUCCAAUAUGUUUCUAUGAUGCAUCUUAACCACGUCCAUGCGCCAACAGCUCAUUUCAAAUGCCGCCUAUCACGGGGCUGCUGUUGUGUUGGGCGUUAUUGGAAUAGUUGGAUUUGUGUUCAAUGCUUGCGUUAUCUUUAUUAUGAUUAAAGACCCACAGCUACGGACGCCUCAAAAUUUGAUAUUAUUUAAUUUAGCUGUCUCGGAUUUUGCAGUAUCAUUAGUAGGCAAUCCUGUAACUUUAGCAGCAGCUAUAACUAAGGGUUGGAUUUUUGGUCAAACAAUAUGUGUGAUGUACGGAUUUUUCAUGGGCUUAUUUGGUAUAAGCUCCAUAACUACAUUAUCAGUAUUAGCUUACGACAGGUACUUAAUGAUCCGGUAUCCGUUCAGUACUCGAAGACUUACAAACGAAUCUGCAAUAUAUGCAAUAGCAAGUAUUUGGGUAUACGCUUUUAUAGUAACUGGUCCGCCGCUGUUUGGAUGGAGUCAUUAUGUAAACGAAUCCGCUGAUAUUAGCUGUUCAGUAGAUUGGGAAAGUGGAGAAUAUGUGUCAUAUGUUGUAUUUAUAUUUUUAUUUGGAUUUUUCAUACCAGUAUCAAUCAUUUUCUAUUCAUACAUCAAUUUGUUUAUCACUGUAAAAAGAAGAGCUUCAACAAAUUCUUUCGGGCAAGCAACAAAAGCAGAAUUCAGAGUUGCCAUUAUGGUGGUUGUGAUGAUAAUAGCAUUUCUUAUUUCAUGGACACCAUAUGCCGUAUUAGCACUUUUAAUUGCAUUUGCUGGUGUACAAGUCAGCCCAAUCGUUAGCAUAAUUCUAGCAAUAUUUGCUAAAUCGAGUAUCUGCUGGAAUCCAAUUAUUUACAUUGGUCUCAAUACUCAAUUUCGAACUGCUUGGAAGAGGUUUCUCAAAAUUUCUAAUCAGAUGGAAGGGUCGAAAGAGGGUGAAAACUUCACUCGAGUUUCGAAAAUGAUUGUCGGCAAAGUGGAUUCUGUUCCGUCGCCGAAUAGUACUGUCGAGCAGUACGACACUUCUCCGGCGAUUACUCAUUGGAUGGCAAUCGACGAACGCGAAAACGAUAGCACCGGACCGUAUAUGUUUAAUCUGGAAAUGUGCAACAUUUGUAAAAAUAAGGUUUUAGACAUAACUCGGCCAUGUGACAUAGGUGAUGUUUCCCUAUGAACCCAACUGUCAAAUUAACAUACAAUGGUCAUAAUUUAAGAUCACAAAAAUAUAAAGAUAACAUUUUAAAACUGAGAAUUUUCCUGUACAGCAGUAUUUCUACCGUUGUAUUUCAAAGGACAAUAUCUAUAAUUACUAUUACAGGAAUGAUAAUCAAUCAAUGUAUAGUAAUUAUGUUUAUUAUACCAUUAUAGUGCGUGCAACUAAAACUCUUUAACGAAUGUGUCGAAAAAACUGUUUAGAUAUUUUAAUUAUUAACAUUUGUCAUUAUUAGAUGAGAAAUUUAUGAUUUUAAGUUUGAUAAAAAUUUGGAAAAAAGGGUUAUUAUAAAUGUUAUACGUUUAAGUACUGUUCAUGAAUAUCGUUGAUUAUUUGUAAUUAUUUAGACUAUUUAUUCUGUUAUUUAAAAUAAUGUUGUUAUGAGUAUAACAAAUGAUCAAAUACAAUGAUUUUAGUUUGUAGAUCACAAAUUGUUUAGUAUAUAUAAAUAUAUAUAUCACUAUUGUUAUAUUAUAUUAUAUAUUUCUAAUCGUUACCUACAUUUUCUCCUUGACAAUCGAGUUUAAAAUUUGUUAUGUUUAUUAAAAUUAAUAUUCUUUUUGCUUUUUUACUCUUAAAUAAUGAGUAUUACAUUAUCAGCUAUAAAGCAUUAAAAAGGGUCUAAACCCCAAACUGUUGAAUCAAUAUUAUAACAGGUGAGUCACAAUCAAAUAAAACAUGUUUUAACUUUUCCAGCUAGUUAAUAUUUAGUUUUACUAUUUUAAAAAAUUAUCUUCACACUUUAGGACUAUAGUUAUAAUAUGAUUAAUAUUAAUAUUUUUUUUUUAAUUAGAAAAAUAUAUACAGCGUGAUUUGUUUAGGACACCACCCAUUUUUUCGUUAAAUAAUGAAUUUUUCAUCAAAAUUAAUAGAUUUAUUUUUA